AAGGCGAAGCUAAACAAAAGGGUAGCAUGUAGAUAGCAUUUACUAAAAUAUUAGUAAAUUAAUCUUAUUUACUAACUAAGAAUAGUUGAAAUUGUUGUACAGAUAAAUGAACUAAACAGUUGUAAUACGGUUGUAUCAAUUAGUAUCGUGAAAUGAAGCACAAUGCAUCGUGUGAUGGUGGCCAUUAGAAGCAAUAAUUAUGUAUAUUGGCAUACUUACUGGUUUACGAACCAUAAAAUGUGCUCAUAAUAAAGGAUUUUGAGGAAUUCCGGUUAAAGUUUUAUGAAAAUAAAAAUGUAAACGGAUUGUUGUGUUGUUACAUGUGCUUGCGUGAUAGUGUCCAGUGUAAAUAUACUACUUAGUGAACGAUGGCUCAAAAUCAAGGAGAAGUUCCAGUAGGUACUCCGAGUCAACCCGUCAAAGAUAAGGAUAUAUAUGCUUGCUUGCCGGAGAUGCGAAUUGAUGGGCCGCUGGGACCCGACGAUCCUUGUCCAGGUGGUGAAGAUCUACGAUGGCUGCCUGCACAGGCUACGGACAGGGACCUUGUAAUGUACUUACGUGCCGCACGUUCAAUGGCAGCGUUUGCGGGAAUGUGUGAUGGUGGCUCUCCUGAUGACGGCUGCGUUGCCGCCAGUCGAGACGAUACGACUAUCAAUGCUCUUGACGUGCUGCACGACUCUGGCUACGAUCCUGGUCGAGCGUUACAAGCUCUCGUGAAAUGUCCGGUACCCAAAGGUAUUGAGAAAAAGUGGUCAGAAGACGAAACAAAACGUUUUGUUAAAGGGAUACGGCAAUUUGGCAAGAAUUUUUUCAAAAUUAGAAAAGACCUACUGCCUCAUAAAGACACUGCAGAACUUGUUGAAUUUUAUUAUCUCUGGAAAAAGACUCCGGGUGCUAGUAGUAAUAGACCUCACAGAAGAAGAAGACAAGCAUCAUUAAGGAGAGUCCGUAAUACAAGGAAUUCACGCGCAGGUACUCCCAAGGAACAAACGCCUGAAGUUGUACCUGCUUUGCCAGAGACAAAUGGUUCUAGACCGUCACCAAAUCCAAAGGAAGCCGGAGAAAUGAGUUCAGUCACUGAAGAUGAAAUUUCUGAAGAUGAUAGUGAUUCACGAGAUGCCGGUGAUUUAGCCAAGAGUGAAAAUGGUAGAAUUGUAGAAAACCCUGAUGACUCACCGAGCAGAAUGAGAACAAGAAAUAAAUCUAAAGAACAAACUACACCGAACGGUAAGAAAGCUCCGGAGGAAAGUGAUAUUGAACAAAAAGCAAAACCUAAACCAAAAGCUAUUGUUCAAAGCAAUAAUAACAAUAUUCCCGAUAAAGUAAUUUCUUCACCUGUAAGUAAAGAAGUUAAGAAAAAGGUGACAAAUGGAAAAGUUGAUGCAUCUAAAGUGAAGAAACGACUGCCAGAUGAUACGAAACCGGAUGGAAUUAUGGAUGGAGAUGUACAAAUGAAAAAGAAGAGAGCCGACCCUCCAGAAAGUCCUUCGGAGAGCCUAACUAAUGAUAGUUUCCCAGCCAUGGAUGAGACUGAAACUCAAGAACAAGAACCGGAAGCCUGUAACUUCAGUUUCAACAAAACAGAUAAAGAAAGUGUAGAACAAAAUAAAGAACCUGAAUCUGAGCAACAACAGUCAAAACCAAAUGAACAUCUUGAAGUUCAAGUUAAAGUAGAAGCAAACAAUGAACCACUCAUUAAAACUGAAAAAGACCUUAUAGCUCCUACAUUCAAACUGGCUACUGAUAAAGAUCAAAAGAAUGUUUUGGACUUAAAAACGGAUACCAAUGUGACUAAAAAUCCUGAAAAUGUGGACAUGAGACCACUAUCAAUGCAGAAUUCAGUAUUCCCCAAAACAGAAUUAAUAAUUCCUAAAGUGACACCAAUGACAGUUGAAGCCAUGGAAAAGAUAAAAAUCAAGGAAGAAAUAGACCCUGAAGAUCAAACUCUUAAUCUACACAAGGAUGAGUAUCAGAAAGACCCGUUAUCUCACAGUUACCCAGGACAUCCUAUGACUCAAGCCAAUAAACCUCUAAAUCUAGAAAAUACUAACUUUUUUGUGAAAGAUAGUCACAUAUACAAUCCUAAACUUGGGCAUGGUAUUAAAAUUGAAGGUGUCCCAAAUAUUUUCAACCCAAUGAAUAUAACAAAAGAAAGUACAAUAAUCAGGAAUUCAAAAGAGUAUUCUGCAAGUAUUCCUCCCUUUCCCUAUUCAUCAAAUCUUAGUUUUGGCAGUGAUCCUGGAAAACACAAUCCUCAUGGCAUCAAUCCAUUGAAAACUGUCAUAAAAUUGGAACCAAGAGAUGAAACAAGUGAAUUAAAGAGUCAAAACGCCCCUGAAAUUUUCACUGCUACAAUAUCAGCAGGAAAUAAGGUUGAUUCUCCAAACACACCAAGAUUGGAUUCCUUACAAAGGAUUAGUCCUUCACCAUCAAAUGUACAUGGUGCAUCACCACCACCCAUGGAACAUCCUACUGCCAUAGGAAAUACUGAACCCAUAUCACCUGCAAACUCACAAGAAAAAGAAUCAGAUACCGAUGAUAAGCAACCAACAGACUUGAAAACUCAACAUAUAUCAAAACCUGAAAAUCAAAGAGACAGCUUGAGGCCACCAGCUUUUGCUCAUCCAAUAAGACCUGACAAUUUGGGACUCAGAACAACUGAAGCUACCAUUGUGUCUGUUGCCGGACAGAACAUGCCUCCUCCACCUUUAAGUCAAGCUUCCAUAUCAGGAUUAUUGCACCCAGGUCCUUUGAUAACUGUAGGUAGUGGUGCAAAUGUUGGUCCGUAUGGAUUUAUGGCAACGUCUCUCUAUGGUCAUCCAGGGCAUCCUUCAUUAGAAAAACCAGGUUCAAUGCCACCUCUUAUGCAACAAAUUCCGCCUUCACAUGGUCAUCCUAGCAGUAAUUCUAUACAACAACAAUCUAAUCAAAAUGAUCCAUCUAUGCCACAAGAUUUGAAAAUUAAACAAGAAGUACCUGACAAUAUACCUGCCAAUUUAUCAACACACCCUUCAGAUCCGUUGCAAUCUCUGAAAGAAGUCAAAGUUCCAGGCUAUCCUAUAGGAAGUGCAAUUGCUCAACAUUUGAAUACGGAACGAGAUCGAGAAUCUGUUUCUAGUGUUGAAAACAGUAGUCGACCACCAAGUCAACCGACAAAUGAAAGUACAAAUAUGCCCAGUGGAUUCCUCGGUCCUCGAAUUGAAAGUAUAAAAAAGGAACCGGAAUUUUUACAUCAACCCCACAUUACUCCAGUAUCUACCUCCCAUGGACCACCUGAUUCUAUAAACACUAUAACUCCAGUAAAAAGUCCACAUACACCUACACCUAUCAAGAGUCAACCAAGUCAUAAUGGUACACCUCAUGGCUCUCAUCGAUCCACAACUUCACCAUUUUCGAGACAUCUGACAAGUCCAUCACAACCAAGGCAAAUAUCUGCUUCUCCAGUUCAACCUCAUACUCCAGUUUCUCAUUCUGCCUUAAACUUGAUGAAUCCUACGCCUAUUUCGAUAGCAGCAACGAUACCGGGACCUGUUAUGCACUCUGGACAACCUGGUCACCCACCUCCACAUCCGUUUGCGUCACCUCUGCAUCACCCCCCUCACCCUUUGCUUCAUCAUCCCUCAAUAUUUCAACUAUCUGCAGCAGCAGCGGCACACGCUAUGCAUCCUUACUAUCCACAUCCACACCCUGGAUAUUCAAUGCCUUAUCCUUAUCCCUACGGACCUCUGCCACAACCCCACCCGAUCCCUCCUAUGCACCCUGCAGUCAGCACGGCUGGGCGUCACGAUCCAGUAAAACCUUCAACAAUAGAAUCAACAACAAUGCUUAGUUCUCAUCACAGUACCAGUUCUUCAGUAACCACAAGAUCUCUCCGGGAGAUAUCGGAAAGUAGUGAAGACCCGAGAAACCCGAAUGCCACUACUGAAAGGCAGCUGCACGAAACGACAAUGACCCAUCAUCAUUCUACAAGCCACCACAGUGCAGUUCAUACAAGUACAGAGAAGCAACCAAGUCACGCAGGAGGAGGCACUAAUCAUACGUUAUCAAUAUCACAUUCGACUUCGAGUAGCUCCUCGCAGUCAAUACAACAUAAAAUUAACACUCAACAAAAAUCUGCGGGACAUUCAAGCUCACCUCACCAUUUAUCAGCAAGUGUUUCUCAGACCACUAGUUCAUCAUCAAGCGUGAAUGUCACCAACAACCAUACGCACCACCACUCCCACCAUCUUGCGCAUCAUCCGGAAAGGCUAUCUCCUGCGGACUCUAUGCUGCUCCGACAUCAUCCUAAAAUGCUACCCGGAAAUCCAAGCCAUCUCAUGAUUCCACCACCAUCAAUGGGACAUCCAAUGGGCUUGGGGCUUCCACCAGGGCCAGGUCCCAGUUCGAUAGAAAGUUUACGAUUACAUGCCCAAGCUGCAGCAGGACUGCCUCCGACUCACCAGAGAUCUGGAUCACCUCAUCAAAUGCCACACGGUCAUCCUCAUCUAAGAGGUCCGCCGCGUCAGAUUCCCGAUGAAAACCCUGAACUCAAACUUGAGACACAAUCACAACCGGAAGAAGAAGAAAUUCCAAGUCCGGCUCACAUUCCACACGGACCUAGCCCAGAGCCAAAAAUAGAAGAUACCGAAUGUCACAGAUCACAGUCUGCUAUAUUCCUCAGACAUUGGAAUCGCGGUGACUAUAAUUCUUGUGCGCGAACUGAUCUUACAUUCAAACCGGUACCUGAAUCAAAACUUGCUCGAAAACGAGAGGAAAGAUUGAGGAAACAAGCGGAACGUGAUAGAGAAGAAAGGGAGAAGAUAGCGCAGCAAGCACAUAGAAAAAUAGCGACGCCGGAGAAGCCGGACACGAAACCACCGUCACGCGGUGCCAUAGAGACGAUAUCAUCGCCAUACGACCGUUUCCCUAGACCUCCAGGCUACCCCGACACGCCUGCGUUGCGUCAGUUAUCUGAGUAUGCCCGACCUCACGCCGGCUUUAGCCCGGGCAAUCUGCCUCGUCACUGUAUGGACCAGAUGUUGCAGUAUCAACUGAGCUCAAUGUACGGCGCACCCGGGGCCCGUGAAAGAUUAGAACUCGAACACCUCGAAAGAGAGAAACGUGAUAGGGAAAUUCGAGAAUUACGCGAACGCGAGCUCAAUGAUCGGUUGAAGGAAGAACUACUCAAGAACAACGUAGGACCUCGAGCACUCGAUCCUCACUGGCUCGAGAUGCACCGGCGGUACGGAAUGCCGCCACCACCGCCCCAGGGUGCAAUCCCAGUGCAGUUCGGCCUAUAUCCUGGCGGACACGCACCCGGGGCGCUCUCUCAACUAGAACGCGAGCGACUCGAGCGCCUCGGCAUCCCUCCGUCGGGUCCCGGUCCCACAGGACCCGGUGGCGGUCCACACCACGGCCAUCACCCGCACCCCGUCGCCGCGGCUCAACUCGAAGCAGCCGAACGUCUCGCUCUAGCCGCUGACCCGAUGGUGCGAUUGCAGAUGGCCGGGAUAAAUCCAGAGUAUCACGCGCACACGCACGCGCACACUCAUGCACACUCUCACACGCACUUGCAUUUACAUCCGGGACAACAAGCGGCGGCGGCACAGCAGGAAGCGCUCGGCCUUGGACCGUAUCGGCCGCUACCUCACCCCGACCUGUUAGGCAGGCCGUAUGCUGAGCAGUUAGCGCAGCAGGCGGCGGCACACGAGCAGUUGCAGCGUCAACUGUUACUAGACCGGGAGCGGGGCUUCCUUCACCCCGCGCACCACGAAGACUUCCUGCGGCAGCAGCGCGAGCGCGAGCUCAAGGUACGCGCUCUGGAGGAGGCGGCGCGGGCCUCUCGCCCUUAGACCUGGUGUGUCCUCUACAAAAACUCAC